AUAAAUACGCCUCAUCUCUCAAUUUCACAACAAAUCAGCAGCAAAGUAAGAGGAUUCUCUCGUCGUCUGCGGCGCGUGGUGAAAGGGGCUCUCUCUCUCUCUCUCUCUCUCUCUAAUGGCUAAUCGUCCUCCUCCUUCGCUCUCCUUCGCUCGCUCCUCAGGAGCUUCUUCUGCUUCCUCCACCAAUGAUCGCAAUCCGCUGUCGGCGGAGCAGUUGAUUCUCAAUCUCAGCGAUUUCCAGCUCCGGGAAAAUGCUCUUCAGGAAUUGUCCAAGAAGAGGGAGCACUUUCAUAACUUGGCUCCGCUUGUGUGGCAUUCUGUUGGUACCAUUCCUGCUCUUCUUCAGGAGAUUAUUGCAGUUUACCCUUACCUAUCUCCUCCAACCAUGACUUCUGCUCAAUCCAACAGGGUCUGCAAUGCACUUGCGCUUCUCCAGUCUGUUGCUUCUCAUCCUAAUACGAGGAUGUUGUUCCUGAAAGCCCAUCUGCCAUUGUACAUGUAUGCUUUCUUGAAUACAUCGAGCAAGUCAAGGCCGUUUGAGUUCCUGCGGCUGACUAGCUUGGGGGUUAUUGGUGCACUUGUUAAGGUUGAUGAUGCUGAAGUGAUCAGAUUUCUUCUUCAAACUGAAAUUGUCCCACUGUGCCUCCGGACAAUGGAAAAUGGUAGCGAGUUAUCAAAGACUGUUGCUACUUUCAUUGUUCAGAAAGUUUUGCUGGACGAUGUUGGGCUUGAAUACAUGUGCACCACAUCGGAGAGAUUCUUUGCUCUGGGUCGAGUUUUGGGAAAUAUGGUUACGUCACUUGCAGAAGGACCCUCUCCUAGGCUGCUAAAGCACAUCGUACGCUGUUAUCUCCGCUUGACAGAGAACAACAGAGCCUGUGAUGCGCUUGGAAGUUGCCUUCCUGAUCUUCUGAGAAAUGCUGCCUUCAGCAAAUGUCUCUCAGAUGAUCAAAUUGCAAUGGCAUGGCUGCACCAACUGCUUCACAACAUUAACAAUGGCGGUAGAGCACCUCAAGAGUUGGUUCAUAUGUUUGUGAAUUAAAUAGGAUCCCAGAGAUUAUUAUUCAUUGGACAAAAAUGUUAGGUGGAAUGAGAACUACAGAUGAGAAACAGAAACUCUCAAGCAAAGAUUUUGAGUUUGAUGAAUAUAUGUACUUGGAUUUCCUGACCGCCU